CUCAGUUGCCCAUAUUAUGAUAUAUUUCACUCACACUAUACUAUUUUCUAAAUUCACAAAAUUUAUGAAUAUUUUUGGCCUUCUUACGUACCUUUCUAAAUUAAGAUAGAUCCAAUAUGAUUAGACACAUCAAAUAUCUCAAGUCGGUGCAGCGCCCUUUGAGCGUGUUGUCAGCAGCGCCAACACAACUAAAGAAAUCGAAAGCAGUAUGCCUUAUAUAAUAGAUGGACAGAAAUAUAAUUAUAAAGAAGGAAACGUAUACCAAGGAUUCCUUUGUGAACGUGUUGAACCCAUCGCGGACUUUGGACUCAUGUCGUGCACCUUGAGACAUCUUGGCACAGGCACGGAGUUUUGGCAUCUCGAUAGCCACGAUAUUCAAAAUGUAUUUUCAAUUCAUUUUCGCACUAAACCGUUCGAUUCAACGGGCUUGCCGCAUGUUUUGGAGCACCUCGUCUUGUGUGGAUCAGAAAAUUUACCUGUUCGGGAUCUCUUUUACAAAAUGAUAAUUCGAUCAGUUGCUAAUUUUAUGAAUGCAAUGACUGGACCAGAUUACACAAUGUAUCCAUUUUCAACUAAGAACGAGGCCGACUUCAGGAACCUGCAGAAGGUUUAUUUGGAUGCGGUAUUUAGACCGAACUUGUUCUUUAUGGAUUUUCUGCAAGAAGGUUGGCGUCUGGAGCACCAGGACUUACAUAACCCCAAGUCAGAUAUAGUUAUCAAGGGCGUAGUCUAUAACGAAAUGAUAGGAUCUUAUGCGGAUAACUCCAGGUUUUUUCAAACAGAAAAUGCUUAAUCACAUUCUGCCUAACACCUAUGGGCACAUUGCGCCGGGCACUCAACUGGAAAUCCCAAAGUUAAAACUCGAAGAAAUAGUUAAUUACCAUAAAAAAUAUUAUCAUCCAAGUAAUGCACGCAUCUUUUCCUAUGGCUCUUUUGAUUUAGAGAAAGACGCUUGAAUUUAUCGAUAAGGAAUAUUUAUCCCACUAUGAUCGUAUAGAUACAUCUUUCAGUCGCAUACCCUCAGAGGAUCGUUGGUCUCAACCACGUUGUGCCUCCAUUCAGGGUAGACCGGACUCUAGUAUCAGCUUGGACCAUCAGAACCGAGUAGGAAUCGCCUUGCUGAUGUGUGAUAUAACCGACAUUCAAGAGAGCUUUGAACUUAAAAUACUUUCGGAAUUAUUGAUUCGCAGUCCCAACUCUCCAUUCCACAAGAGCAUGAUAGAUCCUAACUUCUCUGGAGGUUUCACCAAAUGGACCGGAUAUUUGCCAAAUUGUAAGGAUACUUAUUUCAAUGUGGGCUUGCAAGAUGUUGCGGAUAAUGAUGUGGAAAUAUUUGAAGAGCUCUUUGACAAUACAGUCCAUAAGGUUAUUAUGGAAGGCUUUGAUUCGAAGCUAGUUGAAGCUAUUCCUUGUACUCAAGAGCUACUCCGAAAACAGCAAAGUGAAUGUAAGCGCUUGCUAUAUAGAUCCACAGUAUUGUGGAAUCAUGAUGGUGAUGUGGUCGCAAACUUAAAAAUCUCCGAAUUGUUUGAAAAAUUGCAAACCAAAUUAAAGGACAAUCCUAACUAUUUCGAACAGAAACUGGAAAAAUAUUUUAUUAAUAAUAAGCAUAAGCUAACGCUAAUCAUGCGUCCAAACGCGGUUCAUGAAAUUGAGAGACGUCAAGCUGAAGCGAAACUAAUUCGUAAAAAACUGAAGGAAACUAACGACGAAGAGUUUAAAAAGAUUUAUAAAAACGGCCUAAAACUCGAGGCCUUACAGCAAGCACCAGAUAAUAUAAAUGUGUUGCCGUGUUUAUCAAUAAACGACGUUCAAAAACCGAUUCCGCGGCCUCAAAUAAAAGAGAUAACCCUUCGAGGUGUUCCCACAUUGAUCAGCCAUGAGCCCAUAGCCGGGAUAACCUACCUCAAGUGUAUGUUCAAUACCACUGGACUAAGUCUGAACGAUGCGAUGCUUUUGCCAUUAUUCUGUAACGUGUUUAGCGAAAUGGGAUCUUCCAAUCACGACUAUCGCCAAUUCGACAAUAUAAUUCGUUCAAAAAUGGCACGUUUAGAGUGUACGGCUAAAAUCGUAGAGAACGUAACAGAUAGUAAGACAUAUCGCCUGGGACUCUUAAUGAAGGCUUUUGCCCUCGACAAGAACGUGUGGGACAUGUUUCAACUCUGUGAAGAAAUUCUGCUCAACUUUCAACUGGAGGAUAUUGAUCGGCUCAAGAUGCUUGUAACAAAUUAUAUUACCAAGUUAACACUAGACGUUGCAAAAUUGGGACAUUUACAUGUCAUGACUGCUUCCUCUGCAUUGGUAACCAACGCAGCCCAAUUGAAGUCAUUAUUAUCAGGAGUUGACCACAUAGACUAUAUGAAGAAGUAUGUCAAGGAGAAUAGUAUUGAGGCUAUUCGAGACAGGCUAAAGAGUAUUGGAUCUAAGGUCUUUAGCAGAAGUAAUUUGCGUGUUGCUAUUAAUACAUCAGAAAAUAAUGUAUUCAAAAUUUUGGGCGACUAUGAAAGAUUUUUUAACCCACUUACCUAUACUAGAGCAUAAUAUUGAAGCCAAGGAAAUAUUCUUGCUGGAACCAUCUUUCCGCUACCACAAUUUAGAUAUGCCAUUAAGCUUCUGCGCAAAGACUUUCUUUGCAGUUCCUUAUGCGCAUGAGGAUCAUCCUGCUCUACGAGUAUUGGCAAAAUUCCUCACUUCCAAGUAUUUGUGGCCUGUGGUGCGGGAGAAAAACGGAGCUUACGGUGCUGGCGCCAGGAUAGGAUUUGAUGGUCUCUUUAAUGUUCACAGCUAUCGUGAUCCUAACGCAUCGAACACAAUGAAGGUAUUCGAUAAGACGUAUGAGUGGCUGCAAGCCCACCGAUACAAGCUUGAUGAGCAAGCUGUCUUUGAGGCUAAACUUGCCGUUUUACAACUCGUAGAUUGGCCCAUUAGUCCAGGGGGAAGUCAGCUUAGAUAGCUUCGUUUUAGGUGCCUCGUAUGACAUUUAUUUGCAAUAUCGUAGUCGUGUAUUGGCUGUAACUGUUGACCAAGUACAGAAUGUUAUUGAGAAAUACUUUAGGAACGAACCAAAACACUUUGGAAAAUGCAUUUUAGGACCAAAAUCAGAUGAAAUUGAAGUUUAAAAUUAAUAUAAAAAAAAUUUGUUUAAUCUCAAAAUUUGUUUGUUAAUACUCAGUUUAUCUAGUUUUAAUAAAUCGUUACUUGUAAUUACAAUUUCA